AUGGUUUUGUCAAGGAUGCUAAUAAUAAUUGUGCUGCUCCUACUGAUUGCACUACUGGUAAAUAAUGCGAUGGUGACCAAAAAAAAUUAGCUUGUCUUGCUGUUGGUUACUAAAAUAAUGAUGGCGUUUGUGUUGCUCCCACUAAUACCUAAUGUUUAUCUGCUUCAUUUAUGCUUUGCGGUAUUCCUUAAAGUAUCUGCAUUACUGUUAAUGGAUUCACACCUGUUAAAGAUGCUUCAAACUGUGCUGAACCUUAGGACUGCUAAGCUCAAAACGCUGGACUCUGUGGAACAGGUAGAACUUACUGCACUGGCUUAGGUUUCACUAAGAAGUCUGAUUCCAAUGACUGUACCUGCGACACAAGUAAGAAUACUCUCGCAAAUAACACAUGCAAAGCUAAAUCUUCUGGCUCUUUAUUAUUUGCUGCCAGCACUAUCUUCAUGA